AUGGACGACUACCUCGAGAACCUCGUCUCAGUAGAACGGCUUUCGAAUGCCAGACGUCCUCAAGCGCAGCCUGUUGACCAGCUCCUCGAAGACAGCCUUGCCAAAGUUCAAAAAUACCUGGCCACUCCGGUCGAAGAAGAUGUUCUGGUCGAAGACGCGAGCAAAGCCCACCGGCAGUGGCUUAUGAGAACCUGGAACGAAUACUUCAAUAAACGAAAGGUCAAUCCCGACACGAUCUGGUGCGGGCUCUGUCUUGGGGAUCCUCUCGCAACCGCGUGGAGCAAGGCUUUCUUGUCGGAUCGUGUCGAGAACUCCGUAAGGAGAGUCAUGGUUAUUGGAUCAGAAGAGUACGAAGAGAGACGGAUGCUCAAUAGUGCGAGUUCAGUGCUCGCGGCAUGGCGUGCUUUGAUCAAAGAAGCUAACCUCACGGUCUUGCACGAGAAGAGACUGCGAGAGUCUAACCCAGGAGACAAAUGGCGGCUCCGUUUCCACAACUACAACGCCAAACCACCCUCCUCAUCGAUCGGUGUUUUUGAGAUAUCGAAAUGGGUCUGGUCCGAUCUGGCAGCGGAGCACGGACUCUCGAAGGAGAUCACGUUCGAAAAGCUCGAAGCCACCGCUGAAGACGUCAUUAUUAUUCUUCGUACUCUUUGGGAACGUGCAGCUGAGCUAGGAAUCGAUGUGCAGACGCGCAUCGCAUUCCAUGCCAAUGUCCUCCUUUCGGCGAUGGGCGGGUUCCGGCCCGGCACGCUCGGAAAAGUCCGCUAUAGGGACGUCCUCGUGUCUGUUUUACGAGAUCCGAUGGACAACACCAAGUUGAAGCACACAGCGACUGUCACCAUACCCAGAAACAAGCUCAAGAAUUCAUUACGCGUCAAAAACAAAUCGAUCAAAUUUUCUGCCUUUUUUGUACCAUUUCCUCCGGUAUGUCUUAGCCGUCUCAUCGUUGCACGAGCCAUACAAGAUGGCGCGUUCGAUGCAGGUUACGCAAAUGCAGAGGAAUUCUUGAACAGGCCGGUGCUCGGAAAUGUUGACUACAUUCCGUUGCCAUGGAAGAAAGAAGUCCUCGAUGACUUCGUCUUCCGCCUCUCAUAUCAGCAAUUCAACGAUAUUUGGUAUAGGGUAUGCAUUGCAGCCGGCUUCCGACAAGUGCCUCGUCUAUAUUCGCUGCGAGUCGGGGCAGGUUCGAGGCUCGACAAAGACCCCCUCUUCUCUUCUGCUUUGCGAAACUGGGUCAUGAGCCACACGAACACGAUGUUUGAAGCUCAAUACCAAACGUCGCGGCUCCGAGAAGACCUUCUGCAAGCAGCGUUUGGCCAACGGACCGGCUGCGACAACACUCAUCUUUUCGCUUUCCUUCGAAAUAUGUCUAUCUCCCGAGACCAGAAUGCCCCUAUAGACCUCAACCCCGAUGACUGGGCCGAAUUCGACAACCGCAAAGAUGUACUCAAGCUUGAGGAGGCUAUCGGCAAGGUGCAAGUGGCCAAGAAUCAAGCGAGCUCUAACAAUGACAAGGAAGAGAUGGCGACCCUCACGGAGCUGUUCAGGCUACUGCGCUCGAGGCAUAGGUAUCUACGCCAUGCAUGGGGCAAGCUAAGACUGGUAGAGCUACGAAACAAGUACUUUGGAGAGGCUGAUCGAGCCCGAGCCUUGGGCAAAGAGCCGCCUAAAGUUGCCACGAUUGUUUCGAACCAGACCGCCGGAAUACGCGCUCUCAAAAGCAAUGCUCAGAUAGCAGGCCAGAUCAUCCAACAUGUCGAUCGUAAAUGGAAUGUUUCGAGUGACGAUGACGAUCAAGGACGGUACAUAGACCUCCUCGUCGCGUAUGGCAAGGGAUGCUCGAAAGCGGAUCUUGACCUCUGGGAAGACGAGUACACGAACACAGAGGACAACGAGGACGAUGCUACCGACGAAGACGACGACUACUGUGAGAAAGAGGAGAACAAUAAGGACCACAUUGGAGCUGGGGGAGGGGAGGACGAGACCUGGAGAUGCAUCAUCUGCGACCUCAACUUCAGCAGCCGCAAGACACUCACGAGCCAUUUCGAGAAACAUAAAAGAGCGCAGUACUUCAAUAUCAAGAAGCCACGUCGAUGUCCCCAAUGCCGGAAAGACAACAACAAGAAGAAGAAGGAGGACUGUUUGGUCGAAUCCGGCCUGCUCGCUUGGUUCAAUCAUCUCGAACGAUUUCACGGCCCAUACAGUCUUCCCUAUGCUUCGGCGGACUUGAAGGACCCGGCAAAGUUCCCAUGUCCGUUUUCCAUCUGCAACAGUAAGGGCAAGCACAAGCUGUUCAACUCCCGCGGCCUCACCGGACAUCUUUCCAAAGCUCAUGCAGCUGAAAUGGAUGACAAAAAGAAAGACAAGUUCAAGACAGAGGUCCGAUGUGGCCAAUGCUGUUCGUGUAAGAGAUGCACUUCCCAAGGAGUCGGGCACGGCGUUUUAGUCAACAGCAUAUCGGAAUGGAAACGGCAUUUCGACAUGUUCCACGCUGAUGAGAAGCGAGCUCUUUACCGGUGCUUUAUUUGCCAGGAGGCAACCCGCACCCCUGGAGGUCUCAAGUCGCACUUCUGGAACUUGCACGAGAAACGAGAGGGCUACUUCGAGAGACCUUUCUCAUGCCCGCAGUGCGUUCGAGGUGGAAACAUUGAUUCGCCGAGCAUAAUGGGCAGAAAAGCAUGGCAAGAACAUGUCGACAAAUGUCACAACGGAGGUGCUAUGGAACACAAGUCUAACGAAAUCAUCGAGUCACCGGACACCACUUCGCAUUAUCCUUGCUUGGUCUGUGGGCGCUGCUAUCAUGGACGUGCCGUCCUGCAAGAACAUCUCUACCUCAAACACAAACAAGUCUUCGAGACGAUCCCCUUUCAGUGUCCUCAAUGUAUGCGUCAGUUCGACAACAUAAAUGCGUGGAUACACCAUACAACGCGCGAACAUGAAAGGAGCGAACGCAGCAAGGCGUGCACUGUUGGCAGUCACAAUAAGGGGGCAUCCGUGCCCACUGUUCCAACAAGCGAGAGAGGAUAUAUGGAUCAGAUCAAGCAGUCAGAUGAAGAGUCAGUUACGGAUAUGGGACUGAUAUAUGAAGACCGGCCUGGUGGAGGCGAAGGCGCGAUAGGAUGUGGAGACGUUGAGGGACCGGAACCCAGAAGCAGUUCAUCCUUCGGUGCAAGUUGCAAGAACAACAAAAGGAAGAAGACUGGAGAUGAUAUUACAUCGAGCAUUGGGAGCGAACUUCGUCCUCAUCAACGGCUCCGUUACUCUAUUUCUGCUUCAGCAGUGGGUACUAAGCCUGAGCUUGUCGACGACGAAGUUCCUAUAGACCCCGAGCUGAUGAAACUGAGUGGUUUGGUUGCCAUGGAAUGUUCAGCAUGAAAAGAGAAGAUAUCUAAAGCCAGAUAGAGAACUUAGCCCUAAGUCAUCCUCCAUUCAAUACUAUUCCAACCCGUCGCUCUGUAGCCAUCUUU